AUGGGCUUCGUCUUCUUCAAGUCUCCGCCUGUGGAGAGCUUCACUCAGGCCUACCUUCCGGCAACGAGGUUUGAAGACAUGCAGAGGAACAGCACUAGUAGAGGAAACGACGACAAUGUGGAAGAGAUGUGCUCUAUUUGCUUAGUGGAGUUCGAGAGGGAAGACGUGGUGAGCCAACUGUCCAGAUGUCGCCACGUUUUCCAUUUCCACUGCAUCGAACGGUGGCUACACCGAAAUAACUUCACCUGCCCGCUCUGUAGGUCUUUGUUGUUUUCUAAUGUAUAUAAUACUUGUCAUUCCAACUGUGGCGGUGGCACUAUUUCACGUAUCCCCUCGUACUUGGAUUUUGCUUUGCAUCAUUAA